GCUGGCAGCAAUAAUGACCAUUCGUGGGGUCCCGAAAGUUGAGCGACCCACUGCCCCCCUCGCGUUUCCCUGACAGCGUGACGAACGAACGGUGGGGAAGGGACGUUUGCGAACGUCCCUUCCUUCGCUAACGAGUGUUCCCCUCGCUGGCUGUCAGUAGAAAUGGCACUCUGACUGCCAUUUCUCUUCAGUCACAGCUUUUGAGUUCAGCAUCUUCUUAAUCACACCCUCUUGCAAGCACACCCCCCUCGACCUUGCUCCUUGUGCCCGAGUCCCUCCCAACUGCUCUCACCCUGAUGGCCUCGGUCAAUCCCGAGACCGCUCUCGCGGCUGCUCUGGCUGCUGCCACGUUUCUUGGCACUGCAGCGAAAUACCUCUGGCAAGUACCCUUCUGGUUCGACUGCUCUGCAGUGAACCAGACUCCCUUUGAAUGGCUGUGCGAUUGGACUGCUGCUGAUGAGGCCGAGCUGAGAGCAGCUCCGGCCAAGACGCGACGGGAGUCGCUGAUGGCGACAUACAGGCCCCUGACCUCUGCUGAUGUGGCUGUGAUUGUCGGUCGUUUGGUUGAAGUGGGCAAGAAGCGCCGGGAACGAGGCCACGGAGCUCGUCUGGGCUUCUCUCCCUUGAGACCCGCUGUUUUCACGGCCGCUGCUGCUGCUGCUCUCCUAGACAUCCCCAUUCCUCCCACCAAUAUCUAGUUCGCAGUCAACCGCCCAGACUUUCCUCACUCACCGCCCACAAGCUCGCUGAAGGCCCGCCCUUACUUACUAAAGAGUGUAGAGUUACCACAGGAUUAUGUAGCAUAUUGUCGCAAAGCACUUGGCGCGGUCUCACGUGAUCAUCAUUCGCGCCUUUCUUCAGCCGCCCUCGCUCACCUCGCUAGCUAACGAGUUCAGGACAGCCGCACAGCUUUCCAGCGUGCUCUGUCUACCGCACAGCCCGCCCAUCUGUGACGUGGCGAAAUGGGUUCAUGUGCGAGAUUACGUACCAGGUAUGAACCCACCACGCAUGCCACGUGACGGGUUCCGUUCACAUGCAUGCGCUGUUAUCAUCGGUGCCAAUCCCAGCCGUUGAUGAAGUCCCGAGAAGUACGGAACGUUUUCAGCCGUCCGAUCUGUAACUCAGCCAGCUAUUGUGACGUCACCCACAUGAAUGUUCUGGCGCAUGUACAAGACGUGGACAGAUCGCAGCCGUCGAUGCCCUACUGGAAGGUACGCGAAGCAGAUUAACGGU